AUGCAGAUCGCUACCACCAUGUUGUUCUGUUUUGUGUUGUUAUUAUGCAUUCCUCCCAGUGCAGGGUUGUAUUUAUGCAGGCAUACUAACUAUACAAGCUCUACGUUCGAGAGUAAUUUGAACAAAAUUCUUCAAAGUCUUGUAAACAAUACAUCUUCGUCAAAAGGUUUCAAUACGUCAGUCUCCGGCAGAAGUCCAGACAGAGUGUAUGGUCUCCUUCAAUGUUGGGGGGACUCAACGGUGGCGGAAUGCUUUUCCUGUUCACAAGACGCAAUUACCAGCAUUCGUCAGCAUUGUGGAAAUGUCAUUGGCGGUAAAGCUUGGCUUGACAAGUGCUUCAUACGCUACGAGAAUUUUUCCUUCUUCGGGAUACUUGAUACCGAGGCAAAUGUUGGUUACAGUUCAGCGAAGAUCACGGUUAAGCCUGACGUGAUUAGUACGGCAGUUAAUGGGCUUUUCACAAAUCUGUCAAACGAAGCCCUUCGAUCCCCUCUUCGCUAUUCUUCUGGAUCAACAACUACCUCUACAUCCUAUACGAUAUCCAGUAUGGUUCAGUGUUGGAGCGAUUUAACUUCUGUUGAGGACUGCAGAAUAUGCUUAACAAAUGCAAUUAGUUAUCUGUUAGAUGUUACGGAUAAUGGAACUCUUCAGAAAGCAGUAGCCGGCUCUGGAAGUUGCGUUGCUCAGUACGAAAGGUAUGCCUUCUUUAUUCAUGCGUCUCCACCACCCCCACCACCUCCUCCUCCUCCUCCCCUGCAAAAGCUCUCUCCGCCAUCGAUUCGGCGGCCACCAUCAUCAUCUCCAACACCAAGUAAGAUGCAUAUUAAUUUUCUUUUAAGCUAA